UGACACACAGAUGCACAUUGCCCACUCACAGAUGACCAACUGCAUGUACCCCACCCUCAUGCACCCAUGGUACAUCCACCCACCGCACGGUUCAACAUGGAGGCUCCCUGAAUUGAAUCACCCCCCCUACAUACCACCACACACAUUCCCAUCCCCUCAGUCUCUCAUUCUCCACUAUCAAACCAAUCAAUCGGCCGGCCACAGAAGCCCCUCAGCACAGCACAGCACAACACAACACAACACGAGCACGAGAGAUAGAGCGAGGUACGAACGCAGCCUCGCUCUCCCAUUUGGACGAGUGAAGCGGCCACACGCAUCGCAUCCACACCAAUCAGUCCACACAACACGGCUUCGCACACAACCGCCAUCGGACAAACAAACACACACACAAACACACACACACGACUUGACAAAAGAGGCGCUCUGCCUACACUCCACAAACAAACAACCAGACUGAGUCACGACGUGACAUGAUUGCUCUCAUCAGACGAUGGACACAGGCCUGCCUACGGUGCGCUGCUGCACUCGUGCGGUCGGCAGGAGUGACCAAACGAGAUUUCGCUCCCACCGCCAGGAAAUCAGGCGAGCCACCCCGAAGAGCAAGAAGAGUACCAGGUAUACCCAGAAGAGCACCAUCUGCCCCCCCAGGGCAAGCACACAAAGGAAGGGCACACAGACACCCCACAUUGCCUCGCGAUACACGAUGCUCCACGUCACGGCCAGUGCAAUGGUAUUCUCCACCCCCGAUAUGGCAUAGAUCCCAACACACCGAGUGACCAGCGCGAAAAUCACGAAGCCCACGCCGACUGCGCCGAAUCCGAUGGCCACACACAGCCCGGGGUCCAUCUCGUACUCGUCGGCAAACUCCAGCGUGGCGCGGGUGAAGUCCUGGAUGAGAGCGAUGAAGUAGAUGGGAAGGCUGAACAGAAUCAACUGCAGGGUGUGCGUCGCCAGCUGGUGCUUGGACUUGCGGUGAGGGAAGGUGGCGCCACCCAGAGGCGCCAGGACAGCCAUUCUUUUGGAGAAGGACCACCAGCAUGACGCCAGGACACCCACAGCCACGACAGGGAGGGCGAACCACAGCCAUGCCAGGGAGGCGGGAAUCAGAUGGAAGAGCACCGGGAGGAAGAACCACAGCUGAUGGGUCAGGAUGAGCUGAUAAAAGUCAAUGCUCCCGAACUAAAGACAGACACACAGACAAACAGACAAACAGACAGACAGACAGACAGAGGCAACCAACCGACCACGGUCAGAGAUGGCGAUGGAACGUCCUCUCUCGGGAGAUCUCACCCUGCGAAUCUCCGGCGGCUGGCUGACAUCACUGUUGGCUUCGCCGGAAUCGCCAGGCGUGACGAGAGGAGCGUACGCGAGACCACCAUUGUCGGUGCUGGGCGCUUCCCCGUCGUGCAGCUGGACGGCGUCUGGCAUCUCAAUAACCGUAACUCAGGAAGGCUCAAGGAAGGAUCAGUACGACAGAAUCAUACACCCGGGACCUCGCUUCCUCCCCU